UGUCCAUUAGCUACAAUCGGUUGCCGGCGUAAUUUGACCUAUCAUCUAUAGUUAUAUGUUAUAAGGUUUGCAAUACUUAUAAAUUGAGUACAGUUUUUAUAUUCAGUUCGGUUUUUGGUUAUUCUAUAUCUCAAGCGGCCAUCAGGAGUCUUAGAAGGAUCUGUUUUGGAGAACAGCGCCUUACACCUGUAUUCUGAGAUUAUCAAAUUAUUUCUUGAAUUCGUGCCUUAAUCAGCUAUAAAAUGGCUGCACCAAUUAAAGUGGUAGUAACUGGAGCUGCGGGGCAGAUUGCUUACUCACUAUUGUACCAGAUUGCCUCUGGUGCUGUCUUUGGUCCAGAACAGCCAGUAUGCCUCCACCUUCUCGAUAUUGCUCCCAUGAUGGGAGUUUUAGAAGGUGUAGUAAUGGAGCUUGCUGACUGUGCAUUGCCCCUGCUCACUGGUGUCCUCCCCACUGCCAACCCAGAAGAGGCUUUUAAAGAUGUUGCUGCAGCCUUCUUAGUCGGUGCCAUGCCCAGGAGAGAGGGUAUGGAGAGAAAAGAUCUGCUCUCUGCCAAUGUACGCAUCUUCAAGGAGCAAGGCCAGGCUCUCGAUAAAGUAGCCCGCAAAGAUGUUAAGGUACUUGUUGUAGGUAACCCUGCAAAUACUAAUGCUUUGAUCUGUUCGAAAUAUGCUCCAUCUAUUCCAAAAGAAAACUUCACUGCCAUGACCCGUUUGGACCAAAACCGUGCUCAGUCACAAUUAGCUGCGAAAAUUGGUGUUCCUGUGCAAGAUGUUAAAAAUGUAAUCAUUUGGGGUAAUCACUCUUCCACCCAGUUCCCAGAUGCCUCAAAUGCUUUAGUUAAGAUUAAUGGUGCUGAGAAGCCAGUCCCUGCAGCCAUUAAUGAUGAUGAAUAUUUGAAAACCACAUUUGUUAGUACUGUACAAAAGCGUGGUGCUGCUGUGAUAGCAGCGAGGAAGAUGUCAUCCGCUCUUUCUGCAGCCAAAGCAGCAUCUGACCAUAUGAGAGAUUGGUUUUUGGGUACCGGUGACCGCUGGGUUAGUAUGGGUGUUGUUUCUGACGGUUCCUAUGGUACUCCGCGUGAUGUUGUAUUCUCCUUCCCCGUUACCGUUAGCAAUGGAAAGUGGAAGAUUGUUGAAGGUCUCACUAUCUCUGACUUUGCCCGUCAAAUGUUAGAUAAUACUGGAAAGGAGCUGGCUGAAGAGAAACAGGAUGCUUUGGAUGUGUGCAAAGAUUGAACGUGUAGUUUAUAAGAAUAAUUAUAUGUAGCUGCAAAGAGCAUCAGAGUUUAACUCUUUUAUAUCAUUAGAUCAUAUUGUUUAUCUUUGUUGGAACAAAGUUAAAAUAUAUUAUUUGCUUUUGCUUAAAUUGUUAAAUCAUAGGUUGUUGUUGUUGUUUUUUUUUUAAAUUAUUUCUAUCUGAUAUUAAACUAUGAUUGAUAUUAUACAUAUACAGCA